AGUGUGUGUGGUCACAAACGAGUGAAAAUUUAGUUCAAAAUAUAACUGAAUCAAAGAGAAAAAAUGGCAUCGUCUGACACAGAAAUGUCAACAUCAGAGACAAAUGGGGAAUGCAGCAGUGAACCAAGCGUGAAGGAUGUGAAGCACAUUGAAGCGAGUGAUAUGACAUCACGGGACUACUAUUUUGAUUCAUAUGCCCACUUUGGGAUUCACGAAGAAAUGCUAAAGGACGAAGUGAGAACACUCACAUAUCGCAAUGCCAUGUAUCAUAAUAAACAUCUCUUCAAAGGGAAGGUGGUUUUAGAUAUUGGAUGCGGCACAGGAAUUCUAUCAAUGUUUGCGGCUAAAGCAGGCGCUGCAAAGGUCUUUGCUGUGGAGUGUUCAAACAUCGUAGACUACGCCAAAACAAUCAUCGAGGUGAACAAUCUAGCUGAUGUGAUAACAGUGGUGAAAGGAAAAGUAGAGGAAGUCGAGCUGCCGGGUUGUACUCAAGUGGACAUUAUAAUUUCGGAAUGGAUGGGAUAUUGCUUGUUCUACGAGUCCAUGCUGGACACAGUACUCUUUGCUCGCGAUAAAUGGCUAAGACCUGAUGGUAUGAUGUUUCCUGAUAGGUGUAGUCUAUUUAUCACGGCCAUUGAGGACCGUCAGUACAAGGAUGAGAAGAUCAAUUGGUGGGAUGAUGUGUAUGGAUUCAAUAUGAGCAAUAUUCGUAAGGUCGCUAUUACAGAGCCUUUAGUGGAUAUUGUUGACCCAAAGCAAGUAGUCACGAGUGCCUAUCUCGUGAAGGAAAUUGAUUUGUACACCAUUCAGAAGUCUGAUUUAGACUUUGAUACGCCAUUUAGGCUGAUUGUUAAACGUAAUGAUUUUGUUCAGGCAUUGGUCACAUACUUUACAGUGGAUUUUACGAAGUGCCACAAGCGCUUAGGUUUUAGCACAGCCCCAGAAGCGCCCUAUACGCAUUGGAAGCAAACAGUUUUCUAUUUCGAUGAGUAUAUGACAGUGAAAAAAGCAGAAGAAAUCUACGGUACGUUCCAGAUGAAGCCAAAUGCAAGGAACAAUCGUGAUUUAGACUUCACCAUUGAUGUUCAUUUUAAAGGCGAAUUGUCUGAAAUGCACGAGAAGAAUCACUACAGGAUGCGUUAGAUUUCUCAUGACUCCUAUUUGUUUUACAUUCAAUUAUUUUUCCAUACUCCCUUUGUCCACUACUAAAGCACCCUUUACAAUGUAUAUGUAAUAUAUUUUAAAGGAUUAACAAAAUAUAUAUCUUUUGCAAGAUGUAUAAUCAAUCCAUUGAAAAUUGCAAGUUAGGUGCGUAAAUUCAAAAAUAUAUUUAUAAAAAUCACUGGAUAUUCAUGUUUGAGACAAAAGAUCCCUAUUCUGUAUGUAUAGAUUAAUCUCAAGCGGAAUACACUUUGAUAACUUAAUUUCUGAUUAGAACUUAAGUAAUAAUUGUAUUUUUUAUUUUUACGAAUGAAAUAUAUAAUCAUAUUCAAAUAGGA